CACACAGGUAAACAGCCUUUAAAAUGUGACACAUGUGGAAAAGACUUUCAGUAUAAAUCAUUACUAGAGAAACAUCUGAGAAUCCACACAGGUGAGAAGCCAGUUUGCAUGCAAAACAUGUGGGAAAGCUUUCAUAAAUAAUAGAUACUUGACAAUCCACACGAGAAUCCACACAGGUGAGAAGCCGUUUGCAUGCAAAACAUGUGGGAGAGCUUUCAGAGAUAAUGGUCACUUGGUAAUCCACAUGAGAACCCAUACAGGUGAGAAGCCAUAUUCUUGCAAAAUAUGUGGGAAAGGAUUUAGGACUAAAUCAGCAUUGGACUCUCAUAUAAGAACCCACACAGGUGAGAAGCUAUAUUUUUGUGAAACAUGCAAAAAGAAAUUCCAGCGUAAUGAUGCCUUGAAAGUCCACAUGAUGAGUCACACAGGUGAGAGGCCAUAUUCUUGCGAAAUAUGUGGGAAUGGAUUCACAACUAAAUCAGCAUUGAACCAUCAUAUGAGAAUCCACACAGGUGAGAAGCCGUUUGCAUGCAAAACAUGUGAGAGAGCUUUCAGAAAUAAUGCUCACUUGGUAAUCCACAUGAGAACCCACACAGGUGAAAAGCCAUAUUCUUGCAAAAUAUGUGGGAAUGGAUUCACGACUAAAUCAGCAUUGAACCAUCAUAUAAGAACCCACACAGGUGAGAAGCCGUUUGCAUGCAAAACAUGUGAGAGAGCUUUCAUAAAUAAUGGUCACUUGGUAAUCCACAUGAGAACCCACACAGGUGAAAAGCCAUAUUCUUGCAAAAUAUGUGGGAAUGGAUUUACUCAUAAAUCAACAUUGGACCAUCAUAUAAGAAUCCACACAGGUGAGAAGCCAUAUUCUUGUAAAACAUGCAAAAAGAAAUUCCAGCGUAAUGAUAACUUGAAAGCCCACAUGAGAACCCACACAGGUGAGAGGCCAUAUUCUUGUAAAACAUGCAAAAAGAAAUUCCAGCGUAAUAGUACCUUGAAAGUCCACAUGAGAACACACAUGGGGGGAAAAGCUGCAUCACUGCAGCACAGAGGGUCCAGAGAUUAAAGAGUAACAGGAGGAACUAAAAGGAGUUUGACACUCCUGACUUCAGGGUUACACUCUGUAAUAAGUGUUGGAUCAUACACUAUUUCUACACACUACCUCAGCAAUGAGCUCACUGAGGUUAUUUCUUCGUUAGAGGAAGAUUGUCCGUCUGUUUUGGGUUAUUGGAUUGCAAUGGGAUAGUGCUUGAUCACCUGAACGUACAGGUGUAAAUGCAGCCGUGAUAGAGGACAUGGCUGGUGGGAUGCUGGGCUUCAGAAGCUCGUGUGUAAUGCAUACUGGUACAUGCAGGCAGUUCCUGCACGGCUCCGCGAGCAGGAGAACUCAGCUUUAGGAUUCAGGGGAUCUAUUGGCAGAAAUAGAAUAUAGUAUUCAUAACUAUGUUUUCUUUUGUCUAUAAUCACCUGAAACUAAGAAUCGUUGUGUUUUCAUUAGAUUAGAAUGAGCCCUUCAUAUCUACAUGAGGAGCGUGUCCUCUUCCACUGAGACCACCAUGUUGUCUCUUUAGUAUCCCAGAACAGACGAACCUAACUCUGGCUCUAGAAAGGGUCUUUCCUGUUUUUAUGUUACCAGAAGCCACUGUAGGUUCUCUCAACACUUGGAAAAGGAGGUGAGCGGAGGAGUAUUCAGUUAGUUGCACCUGCAACCUCACCGCUAGAUGCCACUAAGUUCUACACACUGGACCUUUUUAAGGGGAAAGUUUAAUGUAACUGACAAUGAUGAACAAACUGUUGAAAAGAUGAAUGUUACUGCAUUGUAUGCAACGUUUUAAUUGAACAACGAUGACAUACAUUGUCUUGAAGAGACGCUAUCAAAUAAUUUCUUUCUAAAUGCCGCAAAUAAAUUGUGACUAGAAAAAUAUACACAAAUCAAAUGUUAACGUUCAUUAAUAUUUUCUUAUUCAGUUUUUUUUUUUUUUGUAAAUGCAUUUGUA